CAGAAAACAUCACUAAUGCCAUUUUUUCACAACAAACAUAACCUGACUUUAUUAUUUAUAUUUGAUUAUCAAUAAAUUUAAAUUAUUAUCAAUCAAUAACUAUUCCUAUUUAAUACAAAAAUCCACUUCGAUAAUGUCCGACGUAAAAUUCAGCGCCCGGGCUUUCUGUAAAAUGCUAUUGCACGCCAUCAAAUACCCACAUUGUGCCAUCAAUGGGGUUUUGUUGGCUAAAUCCCAUACAGUGUCCACUAAUAAUAAGGAAAUCGAAUUUGUCGAUGCUGUCCCAUUAUUCCACAUCAGUAUUAAUCUUACACCUAUGGCUGAAAUUGCUUUGAUGCAGAUUGACGAAUUAGCUUCGACCAGAGGCCUAAUAAUUGCUGGAUACUACGCUGCCAAUGAAAAUUUGAGAGACAACACUUUCGAGAAAGCUUACAAUAGAAUUGCUGAGAAAAUAUCAGCUAACUGCAACCCUGCUUACAUUGUGGUGAUAAACAACACAAAAUUUGUAAAUAUACCUGACGUAUCCGCACUAAAAGUUGCCCAACUGGCAGACGGUGGUAAUUUUAAGCUAAUUGAAGAGCAACGCGUAAGUUUGGUUCCAUCCGAAACCACGCCUCAAGCUCUAAUGGGCUUGAUGCAAGAAAAGGCCUUCAAUGAUUUGGUUGAUUUCGAUAAUCAUUUGGAUGAUAUCAGUUUGGAUUGGAUGAACGUGCAGCUCAAUAAAAGUAUUGAGGAGUUUUUGUGAGGAGAAAAUAUAAAUUUAAGUAAUAUGUAAUUGCAUUUUUAAGUAUAAUUUUUAUUGUAUUGUGGUUUUUUCUUUGGAGAAUUUGCGUUUUUGGUUAAUAUUUUGUUGAAUUUUAAAUAAAAUGUUUUU